AUGUCGUCGACACUCGUUGGCCGCUCGGGCAGGGAGUAUGUUCGGGACAAAAUUCUCAAGCACAAUCCAAAGCGACCGGAUCUCAAUGUCUAUCUCGCACGUUUACUUAGCUCUGAGAAUCAAAAUUUUGUUCUAAAGCGAGUAUCAAAUUCGAUCUUUGACCUGUCAUUGGACCUCAAACAGGAGUUUCCAGAGACUCGUCGUCUUCGGGUGCAUAUUGACGAGAACGAAGAGGAGAAAGUCCUCGUAUACGAAUACUUUAGUGAUAAUUUGCUUUCUUUUAUAAAGAAAUACCCAAAUGUGAAGCCUGACAACGUGAUGAUCAACUAUACUCAAGAUAAACAAGGCCAACCCCUGCCAGAGAGGGUGGCACUGGGUGACCUUGAUUGCUCACUGAAGAUGAAAGGUGACAAGCUCCUCCGACUUCCAGAAGGCAUAAAGCUGGGCAACGUAAUGUGGCGUAGCCCCGAAGCACAAACGGGCCAAGGGAUUGGCAAACAUUCCGAUGUGUUUUCCUAUGGGCUGGUGUGCCUCUUCACAACAACCGGCAUAGAAACUUUACACCCAGACUUCGAGCAGUUAAGAAAGGAUGAGGUCGAUCCAGAACUAGAAAUUAUGGGGCGAUUGAUAGCCUUCUUUGGACCAGUCCCUGAUGAGUUGGUCACUCAUGUCCAACAUGAGGAAUGGGGCAGGGUAAUGACCGUCCUUUCGGAGUCAACCAUGGACGGAGGACCUGUCGGCCCUGGACGUUUUGCUAAAUGGGCUGAGAAGGAGUACCCUAAUCUUGACUCUGAGGCAAAGCGAAUGUUAUUAAGACUGAUGAACCUCGGCCCAUCUAAGAGAGCAACCAUGGAAGAAAUUCUGGAGGAUCCCUGGUGGAAUGCAUAA